GCAAAAAUCCAAUUCCAAUAAUCCACCCUCUAUAAAAGCCCACAUUUCUGCCUUCAACUCUCAUGAAAAUACUUCCUCUUCUAGCUUCAACCCCACAUUCAACUCUCAUAUAUAACAUCAUGAAGGCUACAGCACAGAAAAGAUAUGCUCUUCUGCAAGCAGCAAGAGACUCUGAUUAUGUGAAGAAAGUGCAUGGAAGUUACUUCAAUGUGUUUUUUGCAGCUUUUGGUGAAGAAGGAGAGAAAUGGGAUUUGUUUAUGGUUCUUGAUGGAGAGUUUCCUGACAUGAAUGACCUUCAUAAAUAUGAUGGUUUUGUAAUUAGUGGUAGCCCUUGUGAUGCCUAUGGAAAUGACCUUUGGAUUCUUAAGCUUUGUUUUCUCUUGCAAACUCUUGACGCCAUGGAAAUAAAAGUCCUUGGGAUUUGCUUUGGCCAUCAGGUUCUGUGUAGAGCAUUAGGUGGAAAGGUAGGGAGAUCAUGCACAGGGUGGGAUAUUGGGAUAAGGAAAAUUAGAAUAGUAAAGGAUUUGCCACCAUGCAGCUUCCUGAGCAACUUGAGCGAAAUCCCAGCUUCAUUAUCAAUCAUUGAAUGCCACCAAGAUGAGGUAUUGGAGGUUCCAUUAGGAGCAGAAGUAAUUGCAUUCUCUGACAAAACAGGAGUGGAAAUGUUCAACAUUGGAGAUCAUAUAUUGGGUAUUCAAGGCCAUCCUGAGUACACCAGAGACAUUCUUUAUAACCUCAUUGAUCGCCUUCUCAACAACAAUUCCAUAGAGGUUGGGUUUGCUGAGAUUGUCAAGUUUGGAUUGGAAAAAGCUGAACCAGACAGGAAGUGCUUGGAAAGGAUUUGCAGGAAUUUUCUCUCAGGGGAUACUGGAAGGAUUGAAAAUAGAUGUAAUUUGGUUGUAACAUAAUUUUGGUUUUGUUUUGGGGUAUUGUUAAUUGAGACCAACCUAUUAAGAUGGUUAGCUCACUGUUUGAAAGUGUAUUUAACAUUUUGCUUGUUUAUAUAUUUAAUGAAAUGAAAUAUGCGGGUGAUUAUUGAUAAA